UUGGCUGCCGGUUUGUUCAUUCCGUCGUGCGGUCGCGGUCCGUGCGUGUCGUCCGUUGCCGUCGUUGCAUGUACAGCUCUUAUUAUUUUUCACUAGUGGUAUGAUCGUAGUCCGUGCAUGUACUAAUAUACCAUAAUAAUAUAUACUAUUAUAUUAUAUUAAAGUAUUAUAGUAACAACGUUGUCGCAGCCUGUUUUAGUGCGCCGCGCAUCAGAGUUCCGUUCUUAUUUCACACACGUUAUAAUUAUACAAACCGACAUGUGCGACUCGGAUGACUGCUCGUAUAGAGGGCGUUGUUUGUUGUCCACGUGAACAGAUUUAGCGAUGAGCGGUCGCGGCAGUAUUGUCAAGAGUCCCGUGGUGGGAUGCAGAUGUCACUACAUACUUAAAAGGUGUUUGGCCAUUCAUCUGCAAAAACAAUCGCUGGUCCGGUAUGCACCGCAACAGACAGAAGCGUCUCCGUAUUGGAUGUACGACAACGGGUACCUCAUUUUCCAGAGCUUUUUGGAGUCCAAUCUAAAAUGCGUCUGGAACAGGAGUCUGGUGGAAGCGAUGCAAGUGGCCAAGUACGAGGGGUACGUGUCGCCCGGAGUGCUGUUGCUCACCAGCGACCCUUGUUCCAUGGAAGUGAUCAGGGGAGCUUGGUGCAGAAACGUACUCAGGCCACCCAACGGCUAUGUGGUCACGAAAGUCGGAGACGUCGAAGACUGCGUUGUGGAAGACCUCAACCAGGGACAGUUUACACCACUGUCCGAAGCCCUGUGUCUAGUCAUUCUGGAGUUGACCAGCGCCAAUCAAAACGCCACGAUCGACACUAUUCGGUCGGCGCUGAGGAUGUUCUUCUCGAACAUCCAACCGCCGUCCGAGCAGAUCAUCUACGACGCCAUGGUCAGCCUGAUGACCGACAAUAAGGUAUACCAGACUUCCAAGGGUUACUUCGUGGUGACGCCCGAGGUGCAGAGGUUAGUGGGUUCGGCGACCGGCAGCCCGGCGCACAGCCUCCGGUUAGGCGGGAGCAGCCGGUACAGUCCGAGCAGAAAAGGAUUUCUGAUGACGGCCGAAGAAGCGUACGUCAAGGUGCACGGCGACAUCGAAACCGUCAGGGACGGCGACCAGACCCAUCAGAACAUACAGACAAACUUGGCCGACAUCAUAGCUGGGGGUAACUCGGACGAUAAGAAGUUGACGCCGAGAGACACGAGGAAACUUGAACGUCGCAAUUCGCUGAAGGGCAACUCCUCGAGCCGGCGUUUGGCCUGCGGCACGCUUCAACGGAGCGGUUCCAUGAGACUUAUAUCAAACAAACACAAGACCGAAGAAAACGGCUCUUGCGGCGUUUCGGAGCUAAAAAAAUCUCCGGGUCUGUUUUCGAGACUGUUCGGCAGCCGCCGGUCCAAUUCUAAAAGUAGAAAAUCAAACUGUUGCGCGACCCAGUUCCCUCCGGACGAAUGGUUCAACAAGAGCGUGCAACCCCAGCAGACCAUUUCCACGCAGACCGAACAGGAACAACGUUGCGAAACGAAGAAACAGCUGUGGCCGGACAGGCUGACCCGGAGCGCAACGCUUCCCAGGAAGGCUCGAUGCGACCAGACGGCCGCCAGUUGCAGCGUGGCCAGCAGUAGCAUUGUGAACGCGGACAAAGCGUCGGCCAAGAAGUAUCCGUCGAGCGGGUCGAGCGGUUACAACUCGUUGCCGCGCAUGAACGGCCGCAAGUCGGCGGCCGGAAGUUGCGCCGGCGGCGGUGCCAAACGUUCGCCGUCGUCCGAACUGUCGUACGACAAGCCGCCGUCGAGCGGCAAGCACGCGGACAAGCCGGACACGCCCGAGUUGCAGACGGCCACGAGCAACUUCGAUUCGAGUUACAGCUGCGACGAGAUAUCCGUCAACCAUUCGUCGUCGAUCACCGUCGCGACAGCGCCGCCGGUACCUACGACGACGCCGAAAACAGCCGCAGACUUGCGUCGCGAGUACUUUCGCGGAAUGGGCAAGUACUCGUCGGGCGGCAAGAGCGGCAGAGAACAGCAAGAUCACCACCGGGUUCUUUACCGCGGUGGCAGUCUUCGCGACAGAAAAGCCAUUGCUACCAACCUGCACAAAUACUUUGAUAACGCUUGUAAAAUAAAAAUAUAAUCUCUUAACAAAUAAUUGAUUAUAGUUUUCUUUAUUAUUUCUAUAUUAAUAUUAUUAUAUUAUAAUUUGUACGAGACUUAUGUAACAUAAUAUUACAUUCCGUUUGCAACACCCUUGUAGUGCUUUAAGUUUCGCGACACAAUAAUAAUCUGUAUCUUUUAUAAUAUUAUUAAGUUAGGUAACAAUAUACCUAUUUAAUUGAUUUUUUUUAUUUUCCCUGUAUUUUAAGCAAUAUUUUACUUUAUUUUAAUGAAUUAAAAUGAUGCCAUAACAUAAUAUAUUAUAAUAUACUGUAGUUGUAUUGUACUAUUACUAAUCAAACAGAACGAUUACGAUAUUUUCACAAUAUUAAUAAUUGUUAUUGG